GCUAAACUACGAGCAGCUUCCCCGAGAUGUCGCUCUCCCUUGCCCUCCCCUACAGGGAUGAAGCCACUGCCCCUCAGGAAGAGUAGCGAGGGGUGUCCAUCAGAGGACCCGCCUUCUCCCGGGCGGACAUUGAAAGAUGAUGAUUCUGAGGAUGACGACGAAGAGAGGCCAAUGAAAGAAGGUGAAAGUCAAAACAGCGAGGAUGACGAAAAACGAAAACAGAGGAAGAAGAAAACAAGGACUGUUUUUUCUCGCAGCCAGGUUUUUCAGUUGGAAUCAACAUUUGACAUGAAACGUUACCUCUCAAGUUCAGAGCGUGCCGGCCUAGCCGCAUCGCUACAUUUAACUGAAACCCAGGUGAAAAUAUGGUUCCAGAAUAGGAGGAAUAAGUGGAAACGGCAACUGGCAGCGGAAAUGGAAGCAGCUAACAUAUCCCAGCGUGCCUCUCACCGGAUGGUGCGUGUCCCAGUGCUCUAUCAUGACAGUAACUUCUCAGGGAGUAGGGCGGACAGUCUACAUAGCGGCUCACCCCCUCUAACCUCCUCCCUGAAUCCCCUGUGCUAUCCCCACCCAUACCCCUCAAUCUCAUCUCUCCGCUCUCUACACAGCGCGGUAUGAAGUCAGCAGGCCUGAUCCUCAAUCCCCUUACGUCACGUGACGAAAGUGCUGGACGUUAAAUGACGCCAGGGUCAAUCUGAUGGGGAUUUUACGCAAUUAACAAACUUAUGACCAGAAUAAACCUUGACUUUGAACUCAGGCGCCCGUGCCGCAUGACUACAUUUAAAACAUGAUUGCAAUUGAGGAACCGGAUGGUCACCAGAGGAAAUUAUUCACAGUUUAUGAUGGGUGCAAAUAACAAACUGUUAAUCUGUUUUAAACCCCGCAUAGCGUCCCCCGUCGGUAGCUUCUGUGACCUGAAAUCGGAAGCUUAAUUGAAACGUUGGUGACACAAUGCAGUACCGCAAUACACGGCUGUAGUAUACGACAUUUAUUUAUUGUAUUAGUACCCAGACACGUGUCUGUCUUCACCUGAUGGAGGCUACCACACAGGCUCACUUGAAGCUGAUGAUGUUGCAAACACGGAGACGUUAGGGAAACAGUGUCUGUAUGAUGAAAUUAUUCGUAAGGAAAGUACUGUUGUUGUAUAUUUACAUGGGAUUGUUGUAUAUUAAAUGUCAAAGUAUAAUAAAACAUGCUUUGUAUACUGAA